GCUCCCUAAAAUUCACUCUUCUGAGUAACACUGCCUAGUCAGUGUCAGAACAUGGACCUGGUUCUAACCCACUUCUAUAUCCCAGUUGACCACUAGUAACUGAAUUGCUGACAUCUGGCUUCUCUCACAGAGUGCAAAGGACCCAGCCCUUCUAGAGCAUUAAUUACUGGUUGAUAAUCUCAGCACUCAAGAUAAGCAAGCUUUAAAGCAUGUGAGUCAAACAAGAAGUCUGCAAGUACAGCAGUGACACGGAGACCGUGGGGCAAUGGUGUUUCCCAAGUGGCCCUUCUUGUUCCUGUGCCUUCUCACUGGUUGGGGCUGGACUAAUGAAGUUCCCAACAGGACAACAAGUGAAAUUGUUGCAUACAUGGAGAGACUAGAAAUUUUACCCUUCUCUCGGAGGACUCAAAAUAGCCAAAGAUCAAUUCAUUUAUUGGAGGAUAUGCUGAACCAUGUCAUCUUGCCUAGUGUGAAUAUCACUCUUCAGACCAAUAGCAUCCAGUCUCUGGUCUUCAAGCUCACCUGUAACUUCUCUGGACUCAUAAUUAAGGAUUCAUACCUACAGAAGGCUACCACCAGACAUGUCAUGCAGUUCCCCGCUGAGCUGACUCAGCAAGCCUGCGCAGAAAGGAAUACUUCCCUGGAGCUGCGGUUAAUCUGUAUCUACUUUGACCAAAAAUAUUAUUUCCAGGAUGACAAUAAUAGUCUACUGCUCAACAAUAAUAUCCUAGGAGCCAUCUUGAUGAAUUAUAGUGUGUCCAACCUGAAACAGAACAUAAACAUCAGCUUUUGGCACAAUGAAAGCCUAGCUACAUAUGACUUGACGUGCGUCUUCUGGAAAGAAGGAGCAGGAAAAGCCAGUUGGGGGGCCUGGAGCAUUGAGGGAUGCAAGACCGUUGAGGUAACACCAUAUAAAGUCCUGUGCCAAUGUGACCACCUCACUUACUUUGCUGUCCUCAUGAAACUCUCAUCCAGCAAAAUUAGUGUGGAGCUACUGGAUCCGCUCACCUACAUCUCCAUUGUGGGCUGUAGCUUAUCUAUUGUGGCUUCGUUGCUCACCAUUCUACUCCAUUUCUAUUCCAGAAAAAUCCUUGGCUGCUUCUCUAAAACCUUCAAUUUGGGGAUCAUAGAGAACUCCAGGGGGCCAUCCACAUCCCAUUUCAAGAAGAAGAGAGAUUCCACAACCUACAUCCACAUAAACCUACAUGUGUCUGUCAUACUCUUGAAUGUCACCUUCCUGCUCAGCCCUUCUCUGGUCUUCCAGCCAAUAGGGUGUGUGGCCAUGGCUGCCUUGCUGCACUAUUCACUGCUCAGCUGCCUCACCUGGAUGGCCAUUGAGGGCUUCAACCUCUACUUACUCUUUGUCCGAGUCUAUAACAUCUAUAUCCGGAAAUAUAUCCUCAAACUCUGUGCCUUAGGUUGGGGGUUUCCUGCCAUCAUAGUGAUUUUCCUCCUCCUUUUGAAGAGGUCUGCAUAUGGACACUAUACUAUUCCAAUAAAAACCAGCCUGGAGAAUGAUACCAACUUUCAAAAUGUUUCCAUGUGCUGGAUCAAAUCAGUAGCAAUCCACCGGGUCUUUGUAAUGGGCUAUGCAGGUGUUGCAUCCCUUUUCAAUUUGGUCAUACUCAUAUGGACAGUGAAGAUGCUCUGUGGUCUGCGCUCCCGGGAGAAGAAGUGGAAAUCACGAACCUGCCAGGACUUCACUACUGUUCUGGGCCUGAGCAUGCUUCUGGGGAUCACCUGGAACCUGGCUUUCUUCUCCUUCCAGGAAUUCUUAGUGCCUCAGCUCUUCCUCUUCACCAUCUUCAACUCCUUCUACGGUUUUUUCCUCUUCCUGUGGUUCUGUGCCCAAAAGCGACAUUCUGAUUUGGAGGCUGAGAUCUCCAGCUCUUCACAGAUUCGGACUGGGCUCCCAAACCAUAAUUCUCCUUUCAGAGCUGUUCAGCCUUCUUCUGUCACUUGCUUGUCCAGUCUUCAUGGAAUAAGUCACCAAGAGGGUGAGGUGAAGAAGAAUAUGGGACAUAAGGAGGUACAACCUUUCAUGCCCAGUACUAUUGGCUUCCCCGGGAAACAAGAAACAGCCAAAAUCCUGAGCCCACACUCAGAGAACUAAUUCUUGUCCUUGAUUUUUCUCUCAGAAAAAAAGAGAUAAGGACCAUGGCCAGAGACAUGUAAUUUUCCCCAUAGAUCAUCUUCCUUCAGAGCAGGAUCAGAAGACUCAGUUGGAGGCUAUCUAAGCAUUGCCUCAGUAGUCUUUGGAAACAAUCAUAGUUAUUAAGUGGAAACAAACCCUGGAUUAGGAGCCAGAUCUGAAGCCUUGAUCCUGCCAUCUGAUUAUUGUAUCACUUUGGGCAAAGCAUAAGCAACUCUCUGAGUUUCUGUUUCUUUAUCUGUCAAAUGAAGAUGAUCCUACAUCUCAUGAAUAUUAGAAAGAAGAAGUAGUAUAUUGUAGUAGAAAAAAUGAUAGACCAGGAGUCAAAACUUUAUGUGACCUUGGGCCCUCUCUGGCCCUCAGUUUGUCCAUCUGUAAAAAAGAUGACAUUGAACUAGAUAAUUUCUGGGGUCCCUUAUAACUCUGGAAUUCUGUGAUCUUUUGACCCAUUGUGCUGAUUUCUGUAUAAGUACUUUGGAGAACAUAAAUUCUGUGGAGACUUUUUUUUUUAAUUGUGAUUUUCUAUUUGGGAAAUUCUUCAUGUGGAAGCUUUCUUCAUCUGUGCAGAUCAGCAACUCUUUUGUAACUUAAGAUCUUCGAUUUUUUUGCCUGGGCACAGGCCAGGAGGUUAAGUGAUCCAGGAUCACAUACACAGUAUGUGUUAAAGGAAGGUCUUGAACCCAGAUGCUGCUAUCUCUUUAGGUAUCCCCUUACUUGCUCCCCCAAGCUUCUUUUCUAAUGGAUAUAAGAGGCUAUUAUUUUUUGUUUUUUUCUUUCUUUUUAUGUAUUUAAUAUUUCUCCCCAGUUACAUGUGAAGUUAUGUAAAACUCUAUAAAAGUUGAGUUGUGAAAAAAACCACAGUUCUCCUCCCUAAUGAAAAUAAAAACCCUCAAGAAAAAUUAAGGUAAAAAUAAAGAGAGAGAAAAAGAGAGAAUCUGUGUAAUAGAGAAUACUUUGAUCUGUGUUCAGAUUUGAUCAGUUCCUUCUGUGGGUAUUGAUAAGACUUUUCAUCAUAACUCCUUCAGAGUAGUAGUGGAUCAUUGUAUCACUGAGAAUAGCAAAAUCAUUUACACCUGGUCAUCUCAGAACAUUGCUAUUACUUUGUGUACAGUAUAUUUCACUUUGUUAGUGGAAAACUUUCCAGCUUUUUUUUUUUCUUAUAGCAUCCUGCUCAUCAUUUCCCAGAGCACAAUAAUAUUCUAUCAGAGAAACUUGUUUUGAAUUUUUUUUUUUACAAUUACUAUUGCUAAUUGUAUUUUCCCCCAUUUAUUCUCUUUCCUUUCACUCUGACCCUUCUCAAAAGUGUUUUGCUACUGGCCACUCCCUCCCCCAAUAUGCCCUCUCUUUUAUCACCCUUACCUCUUUACAUAUCCAAUUCCCCUCCUCUUUUCCUGCAGAAUAAGAUAGAGCUCUAUA